CGCAGCAUCGGAGAGGAAUCGGAGUCCGCGCCCCGACGCUCUGCGCCCGCAGUGUCCGCCGCGUCCGCCGCGUCCCGGGCGGGCAUGGGGCGGCCAGGCUGAGCGCCGCACCCCGCCGCCGAGACCCCCAGCCCCAGCCAGCAGCCCUCUGGCCGCGGCCCCGGCGUGCGCGGGCCAUGGCGAAGGCGACGGCGACGGCCGGCGCCGCGGGGCUGCGGUUGCUGCUGCUGCUGCCGCUGCUCGGCGAAGCUCCACUGGGACUCUACUUCUCCAGGGAUGCUUACUGGGAGAAACUGUACGUGGACCAGCCGGCCGGCAUGCCCCUGCUCUACGUCCAUGCCCUGCGGGACGUGCCCGAGGAGGUGCCCAGCUUCCGCCUGGGCCAGCAUCUCUACGGCCUCGCCUACCGUGCAAGGCUGCAUGAGAACGACUGGAUCCGCAUCGAGGAGGACACUGGCCUUCUCUACCUUAACCGGAGCCUGGAUCACAGUGCCUGGGAGAAGCUCAGCGUCCGCAAUGGCGGCUUCCCUGUGCUCACCAUCUACCUCCAGGUCUUCCUGUCACCCACGUCCCAGCGUGAGGGCGAGUGCCAAUGGCCAGGCUGUGCCCGUGUAUACUUCUCCUUUGUCAACACUUCCUUCCCGGCUUGUGGUUCGCUCAAACCCCGGGAGCUCUGCUUUCCUGAGACAGGCGUCUCCUUCCGCAUCAGAGAGAAUAGGCCUCCUGGCACUUUCCACCAGUUCCGCCUGCUGCCUGUGCAGUUCCUCUGCCCCAACAUCAGCGUGGCCUACAGGCUCCUAGAAGGUGAGAACCUGCCCUUCCAUUGCACCCGGGACUGCCUGGAGGUGAGCACACGCUGGCCCCUGGACCGCGAGCUGCGAGAGAAGUAUGAGCUGGUGGCUGCGUGCACAGUGCGUGUCGGCGCACGCAAGGAGGAGGUGGUGAUGGUGCCCUUCCCUGUGACCGUGUAUGAUGAGGAUGACUCGGCGCCCACCUUCCUUGGGGGCUUCGACACCGCCAGCGCUGUGGUGGAGUUCAAGAGGAAGGAGGGCACUGUGGUGGCCAAAAUACGUGUCUUCGAUGCAGACGUAGUACCAGCAUCGGGGGAGCUCCUGAAGCGAUACACAAACACGCUACUCUCCGGGGAUGCCUGGGCCCUCCAGACAUUCCGUAUCGAGCACGCACCCAACGAGACCUUGGCCCAGGCCAACGGCAGCUUUGUGCGGGCAACUGUGCAUGACUACAGGCUGGUUCUCAACCGGAGCCUCCCCAUCUCGGAGAACCGCUCCCUGCAGCUGACCGUGCUGGUCAAUGACUCGGACUUCCAGGGCCCCGGGGAGGGCGUCGUCCUCCUCCACUUCAACGUGUCCGUGCGACCUGUCAGCUUGCACUUGCCCAGCACCUACUCCUUCACCGUGAGCAGGCGGGCCCGCCGCUUUGCCCAGAUCGGGAAAGUCUGUGUGGAAAAUUGCCAGGAGUUCAGCGGCAUCCACGUGCAAUACAGGCUGCAGCUCUCCAGCACCAACUGCAGUGUCCUGGGGGUGGUCACCUCAGCCGAGGACACCACAGGGAACCUUUUCGUCAAUGACACGGAAGCUCUGCAGCGGCUGGAUUGCUCUCAACUCCGAUACACUGUGGUGGCUGCUGACCGGCCAACCCGCAGGCAGACCCAGGCCCUGCUGGUCGUCACCGUGGAGGGGACAUAUGUGGCUGAGGAGCCAGGCUGUCCCCUGUCCUGUGCAGUCAGCAAGAGACGCCCUGAGUGUGAGGAAUGCGGCGGCCUGGGCUCUUUGACGGGCAGGUGCGAGUGGAGACAGGGAGAUGGCAAAGGAAUUACCAGGAACUUCUCCACCUGCUCCCCCAGCAUCAAGACCUGCCCCGACGGCCACUGUGAUGCUGUGGAGAGCAGAAAUGUCAACAUCUGCCCCCAGGACUGCCUCCGCGGCGGCAACAUCAUUGGUGGGCACGAGCCAGGGGAGCGCUGGGGGAUUAAAGCUGGCUUCGGUAUCUGCAACUGUUUCCCCGAGGAGAAGAAGUGCUUCUGUGAACCUGAAGACAGCCAAGAGCCGCUGUGUGACGAGCUCUGCCGCACGGUGAUCGCGGCCGCCGUGCUCUUCUCCUUCGUUGUCUCCAUGCUGCUCUCCACCUUCUGCAUUCACCGCUACCACAAGAACGCCAACAAGCCACCCAUCGCCUCUGCCGAGAUGACCUUCCGCCGGCCCGCCCAGGCCUUCCCGGUCAGCUACUCCUCGUCAGGUGCCCGCCGGCCCUCAAUGGACUCCAUGGAGAACCAGGUCUCUGUGGACGCCUUCAAGAUCCCGGAGGAUCCGAAGUGGGAAUUCCCUCGGAAGAACUUGGUUCUUGGGAAGACUCUGGGAGAAGGCGAAUUUGGAAAAGUGGUUAAGGCAACAGCCUUCCGGCUGAAAGGCAAAGCAGGUUACACAACCGUGGCCGUGAAGAUGCUGAAAGAGAACGCCUCCCCAAGUGAGCUGCGGGACCUGCUGUCAGAGUUCAACCUCCUGAAGCAGGUCAACCACCCACAUGUCAUCAAGCUGUACGGGGCCUGCAGCCAGGAUGGGCCGCUCUUCCUCAUUGUGGAGUACGCCAAGUAUGGCUCCCUGCGGGGCUUCCUCCGAGAGAGCCGCAAGGCAGGGCCCGGCUACGUGGGCAGCGGAGGCAGUCGCAGCUCCAGCUACCUGGACAACCCCGAGGAGCGGGCCCUGACCAUGGGCGACCUCAUCUCCUUCGCCUGGCAGAUCUCUCGGGGGAUGCGGUACCUGGCUGAGAUGAAGCUUGUCCAUCGGGACUUGGCAGCCAGAAAUGUCCUGGUGGCUGAGGGGCGGAAGAUGAAGAUUUCGGAUUUUGGGCUGUCCCGAGAUGUUUAUGAAGAAGAUUCCUAUGUGAAGAGGAGCAAGGGUCGGAUUCCAGUCAAAUGGAUGGCAAUUGAGUCUCUUUUUGAUCAUAUCUACACCACCCAAAGUGAUGUGUGGUCCUUUGGCGUCCUGCUGUGGGAAAUUGUGACUCUGGGGGGCAACCCCUACCCUGGGAUCCCUCCCGAGCGGCUUUUCAACCUUCUGAAGACAGGCUACCGGAUGGAGAGGCCCGACAACUGCAGCGAGGAGAUGUACGGUCUAAUGCUGCAGUGUUGGAAGCAGGAACCAGACAAGAGGCCGGUGUUUGCUGACAUCAGCAAAGACCUGGAGAAGAUGAUGGUUAAGAACAGAGACUACUUGGACCUGGCUGCCUCCACCCCAUCCGACUCCCUGCUUUACGACGAUGGCCUCUCAGAGGAGGAGACGCCCCUGGUGGACUGUAAUAAUGCUCCCCUCCCUCGAGCCCUCCCCUCCACGUGGAUUGAAAACAAACUCUAUGGCAUGUCAGACCCGAACUGGCCUGAAGAGAGUCCUGUACCACUCACGAGAGCUGAUGGCACUAACACUGUGUGUCCAAGAUAUGCAAAUGAUAGUGUAUAUGCUAACUGGAUGGUUUCACCCUCAGCGGCACAAUUAAUGGACGCAUUUGAUAGUUAACAUUUCUUUGUGAAAGGUAAUGGACUCACAAGGGGAAGAAACAUGCCGAGAACAGAAAGUCUGCCGGCCCCUCCUUUGUGCACUUCACACUGGCUGGUGAUUUUCCCUCCUGGCAGAUGUAGCGCGCUGGACCAGAGUUCCGAGUCCAGCCUUUAGGUGUUCCUUCCUCUCCAGCCCUUGGCAGUGCCCUGUGUUGGUCUGUGUUCAUCAGUGACCACCACACACUCUGCUCACACAUGUGGGUCCCUCACUCACUACCUGAGCAGUCUGAUUUUUCUUGUUGCCAGCAAACAAGGCAACACAAAUUAAACAUGAAGCACACACACAAAAAAGGCAGCAGGAAAAAAAAACCUGGCCCAAACAACACAUCCUUGUUCAGAACAAGAAGCCCAGCAAGGCUCUAUCACGGCAUCGAAGCCUUGGCCAGGGCUGGAGGGGAUGAGGGGACCUCGGGACAGGCCUCAGCUCAGCAUUUGAGAUCCUGGGAGUGGGUUUUUAUUUUUAAAUCAUGUAACCUUUUCUUAGGAAGACGUUUGAUUUUUAAUGAUUUAAAUGAUUCUUCAAUUUAGCACAAUAGAGAGAUUUGAUGCCAUAUUUGCUAUGUAGAUAAGCGGUGUGAGAGGACAAGGCUCCCUGGACACAUCACUGUUGUCCCCAUCACUGAGUGAGCACUACCCCCUGACAAGAACAGAAUGAAGAAGAGGGGUUUUUGAAUGGAGCGGCCUCCCAUCCCGGGAUUGCUAACAGCUGAAACUCGGCUGCCGUGAAUCCCACCCCUGCCGGCCUCCAGGGUGCCACAUGUCCAGUGCCAGAAAACGGUGACUCGUCUCACACAUUAGGAGUGGGUGGGGUCAGUGCUCAGUUUAAAAGGGACAGUUCAGCUAGUUCCAUUAGAAGUAACGUUAACAGUGACCGAGGAUUGCUACCCCUCUGAUUACAAUUCUGAUGUGGGAAAGACAAUGUUUUGGCUCUCAUAGAGCUUGUGUGAAAAGGUACGUGUAUCUACUCUUUCUGUGUUUGUAACUUACUGCUGCUAUAUAGCAAGACACUUUUGUUUAUUAGAUUCUGACCAUGACUCAUAAGCUUCUUGUCAUUCUUCACUGCUUGUUUGUGGUCACAGACACACAGCGCUCCUCCCAUCUUGUGGAGGCGGCUUUCGGGAAGUCCCUGACAGCUCUUCUGUGUAACUUUGCAGGAGAGGGUCAGUUACCAAUACACUGCCUGGCCUUCAGACUUAAAGCACUGUGAAAGAUUGACAGUAGUCUCAUCCAAAUACUAUAUCCUACAGGCAUUCCACAAAAGCAGUCAAAUGGGGGCAUUUUUGUGGCCAAGAAGGCUUGGACGAGUAUGUAUCAGAGCCUCAUGAGGGGUGUGUGUGUGUGUGUGUGUGUGUGUGUGUGUGUGUGCGUGUGUCUCACCCAGAGAGAGCUGGAAAAACAAUUACUGGAGAUACAACAUAGCUUUAGUUUAGGCUGUUUUUCAAACACACUGCGAUAAGUUCUGUUACAAAUAUCUAAUUGUGGUAAACUUUUGAUUUUCAGAUUUGCUCAAUGAUAGUCUUAGUAAUGCAAAAAUAAGGAGAAACUCUCUCAAAUAAUUAAACAUACCUACCCAAUGAGUUGCCACAGUAGGUUUGUUCUUGGUAGGGUGAGAACUCCAGGCCGAACUGGCUGACCCAGUGAUGGGGAAUUAACCCUUGACCAAUAAUCUAAUUGUCUAUUCCUGAGUUUUAAAAGCACUCAUAUUUACUAGUCCUAUCAGACAAUUUUCAUAUGCAUAUACACAGAAGUUACUAAGUAUUAACUAUUACUGGGUAUAAGUAGCAAUCUGUCAGGUAUUAAAAUUUGUGAAAUCUAUUUAUGAAAGGUUAUUAAACCAUACCAUGUUAAUUUGCUUUUGUAAU